GGUUGCACCGGCCCCGACGAAACAUUCACCUCCGCUUGGCGCAGCGACGCAUCGGUCACUCAACGCCAUCACUUCCAUAUCUCUGCCUCUUGGCUUUGCGGGGAUCAUGAUGUGAAAAACACUCCAUUCAAUGGUUCCCAAAUGACACUGCACUCUGUUUGCUUCUGGCAGCGUCUCACUCUCCUACUUGGCGACCCACCCCGAAGGGAGCCAUCCCUACCUAGGUCACCCGUUGCCCAGUCCAUGCACGCCAUUCUAGGAAGAAGUAGAAGAUGAUGAUCCAUGAUCCAUCAUGUAUACCGCUUGCUUAGUGCGACCGCCGUCAUCUUUGGUCUUUUCACCCAGCAUUGUGGAGCCCGGGACGAUCGAACACCCAGUGAAUCGUGUGCAUGGCGGCGGCGGAAUGGCAUACUUGUAUGCCUUCAACUACGCCGCCAUCCCUAUAUUUCACUCCUCCUUAGCCCGUUCAGUUAGGUUUGAUCCACAUUCUUGCAAAUUAAACUUCACAUUCCUUCCUCGUGUUCAUCCACUGUCACUCCACUCUCUGAAGAAGCAGCAAGUUGUGUGACAACAUGACGAGAAGCACACCGAAUCGACCGGGCAACCAGAGCCAGACUUCCUUCUUCGACUCUCGUGUAUCGUCCGAGAAGUCCUCUCCAGGUGCUUCUCGUUCCCAGAGUAAGACCAGAGAGGAUGCCGAAUGGCUCGAGCGCCCCGAACGUCGCCUCUCUAUCGACUCAGAGAAGAACGAGAAAGCCACAUCACCCGCACCAGGUCCCAAUAGCCGGACGAUAGAGAUUCAGACACCACCUGAGCCAGUUCGACUGCAGUCCUUGGCAACACUAUCAGUCGCUAGCGAACGACAACCUCACAGUGACGACGAGCCGACAUGGCCUACAGACUGGAGAGCGUACACUUGCCUGUUUGGCGGCUUCCUGUUGAUGUUCAACUCAUGGGGGCUGGUCAAUACCUAUGGCACCUACGCAUCAUACUAUAUGCAGAACCUUUUGCCAGGACGAGAUAUCCUCCUGUUGAAUCUGGUAGGCUCGACACAAUCAUUCGUGGUGCUCCUACUCUCCGCACCUGUUGGUCGAUUCCUUGAUGCGGGAUACAGCCGAACACUCAUGAUUGUUGGAACCAUCUUCGUCACGCUGGGAUCGUUCCUCCUCUCUGUCGUCAACGGCGAUGGAGAGUACAAUCAAGGCAACUACGGUUUGAUCUGGCUCACCCAAGGCUUCCUCACUGGAUUGGGCAUGUCGUGUUUCUUCGUCACUUCUUCGCAAGUGGUAUCCACCUGGUUCAAAGCCAAGAAAGGCUUCGCCAUCGGAAUCGUAGCAUCAGGAGCCAGCAUUUCCGGCUUACUGUAUCCCAUGAUGACGAAGUUCCUCAUCCAAAAGCACGGCUUCAAUAUUGCAACUCGGUACGUAGCGACAGUAGUAUGCCUGACCGCCUGUCUCGCGACUGUCCUGGCCACGCCCAACCCCAAACACAUUAUCCGGAAACCCGAGAGCUGGUUCAAGAUUAGCGUAUUCGUGGACACAAAUGCAUUUCGCAACCGAUCCUACACCUGGUUUGUAGCAUCGAUCGCAUUCCUCUUCUUCGGAUUCUACGCCGUCUUCUUCAAUCUCGAAGAGUGGGCCGUUUCCGAAGGCUUCGGUUAUCGCGCCUCGACAGGAAGCGUAGGGAUCAAUUCUGGACUUCCCCACUUACGACCUCAAAAGUCCAUGGAAGCAUUCUGGCUCCUCGCCAUCAUGAACGCCACCUCGACCCUGGGCCGGGUCACAUCUUCCUACUUCUGCGACCUCUUCGGAGCACUCAACGUGCAUUGCCUCGUCACCACCGUCGCCUCCCUCCUCACCAUCAUCCUCUGGACGCUGGCCAAAAACCUCAGCAGCGCCAUCGGCUUCGUCGUCGUCUUUGGCGCCUUCUCCGGUGCCGUCAUCGGUCUCCCACCCGCAUCUGUCGCAUACAUUCUCGGGCCCGACCCCAAAGCCCAAGCCAAACUCGGCCAAUGGACUGGCAUGAUGUAUUCUUGCGCGGCGAUUUUCGCUCUCACAGGUCCUGUGAUUGCCGGGCAUUUGAUCUCGGAAUACUCCACAUUUAUCACUGUGCAAUGCUGGGCGGGAGGUUGCAUGUUUAUGAGUGCGUGCUGUAUGGGUUGCGCCAUCUUUUGUCGCGAACGUACGAAGAAAUACGAGGCGAGGUUGCGUCAGCAAUCAACCUGUAGCAGUUCUGCGCCGAUGCGACCGGAGAAUGAGAAGGAGCUUGUUUGAUGAUCAUGACCAUGAGGUUGGUUGUUCGGUUGGUCAGUUGGUUGGACGUGAUUCUGAUGAAUUUGAUGAAGUUUUUCUUUGUUUUUUGUCCUGGCGAGGAGUUUGGUUCGGGGCCUACCUUACCUACAUAAGGUACCUUACUUUAUGUAAGGAGAGGCAAUUGGAGAUAGAGGAAGAGAGAUAUACCACCAUACCAUACAAUUUCAUUUUAG